AUGUCAAAAAAAGCUAUUUCAGGAGGUAACAAGCUCAUCGCCGUUAUUGGUGAUUCUGAUACAGUAACAGGCUUUUUGUUGACUGGUAUUGGUGACAGAAACUUAAAGGGUUAAUCUAAUUUCUUGGUUGUCCAACCUGACACAAAGGAAAAGUUAGUCGAAGAUACUUUCAAUGGUUUCUUAAAGAAUGGCGAUAUAGCAGUCAUUUUAGUUAGUUAACAUGUUGCUGAAAAAUAUUUAAGAAGUAUAAUUAACUCUUAUGAAGAGACUCUUCCUGCUAUCCUUGAAAUUCCUAGCAAAGAUAAGCCCUAUGAACCUAAAAAAGAUAUUAUUAUGCAAAGAGCUAAUAAGUUGCUUUACGGUAGUGAAAUCGUAUGA